UUCUCUUCCCAGUACUUUAAAUUUCUUACAUCUGCUAUUGAUCCCACGGUAGACUAAUCGUCACUUUUAAAAUUAUCCUAUAAGCCUGGGAAACAAAAAUUGAUUAUCUAACUCGAUACAUGGAGAGGGAAACGCAGUUUCGCGGCGUUGUUCCUGACAUACGCGUUUCAGCUUUCGCGAGAGAUGGACUUUGCUGGAGAACAGUACUAUAAGCUGAAUAGAAUUCUUCUGCUAUCUGUCGGUCUGUGGCCCUAUCAAAUUUCAACUUUCAAGAAAACACAAAUAAUCUUCAUCCAAACACUAUUCAUAUCUAUUCUAAUAUGUCAGUGCAGUCCAUUUCUUGUAAAACAGCACAGCAUCAAGUCUAUUACCAAAAUGGUGUUGUUCAUCGCUCUUAUCUUAAUUUCUAUGACAAAAUAUUAUGCAGGUCUCCUACUCAGUGAUAACAUCAAAUAUAUCUUCGAUAGAAUUCGAUACGAUUGGAAUAUGUUAAAGGCUCAGGCGGAAUUAGAAGUAAUACGAAGAUAUGCAGACAAUGCAAAAUUCCAUACGAUCUUUUUUCUGUUUUUGAGUGUGUGCUUUUUAUUGGCAAUGAGUACAAUAAUUUGUCUACCGCGUAUACUUGAUGUGAUCAUACCAAUGAAUGAAUCGCGACCGCCAGAAUUUAUAAUUAUGGUGGAAUACUUUGUCGACGAAGAAACAUACUUUUCCGCUAUUGUUACACACAUAAUUUUAACUUAUUAUACUGGACUCAUCAUAAUAGUGGCUAUGGCAACAAUAGCCAUAGCAUACGCUUUGCACACAUCCGCUUUAUUUAAAAUCGCCAGCUACCGAAUAGAAAACAUAUUUAACGAAAACGUUCAUCUGCCAAAGGACAUUAAACAAUAUAUGCUUCAUAACAAUUUAAUUCGAGCUGUGUAUGUUCAUCGUAGAGCUAUAGAUUUGACCAAUAUUUUGACGAAAAGUUUUGCAACAUUGUAUUUUAUAUUAUUAGGAUUAAGUUUGGUUUCGAUGAGUCUCAGUUUCUUUAAUUGCAUUAAUGCAGUAACAUCUCAGGAAAAAGUGGAGUUUAUAUUGACGUACAGUGGCAUUAUAUUUUUACAUUUAUAUUAUGUAUUUCUGGGAAAUUAUGUUGGACAGGACAUUAUAGAUAGCAGCAUUGGCUUUAGUCAAGCAACAUAUAAUGCACAAUGGCACACUGCGCCAUUAUGUAUGCAGAAGUUGAUACCAUUUAUAAUACAAAGAAGUAACAAGAAGAGUGCUUUAACAGCUGGAGGUUUAUUUGACGCGUCGUUAGAAGGUUUUGCUACGCUCUUAAGUAUGUCUAUGUCCUAUGUUAUGGUCCUUCAAUCCGUGGGACAACACAAAGGGAGCCACGAAACGGAUAAUAGUUAUGUUUAUUUCGAGGGCCAGCGUUACUAUUGGGCCAAUCGGUUUAUUUUAGAAAUGAUGGGACUAUGGCCUUAUAAUAAUUCCAUGUACAUAUACAUUUACAGAACAUUGAUGAUUUUUCUCCUCGUAUCUUCUGGCAUUACUCAGGUAGCCAAAUUACGAACCACGAUUUAUGAUCUCGACCGUUUUUUGUAUAAUUUAACAUACUGUAUUCCUUGUCUCAUCUAUAUUUUGAAGUUUAUUGGCUACAUUAUGAUAAUUGAUAGAGUGAAAGAAAUAAUGAGUAGAAUUGAGCAUGAUUGGAAUACGUUAAAGGACGAAAAGGAAUGCGAAAUUAUACGGUAUUACACCAUAAUCGGAAUGCGAUACACAAUAGUUUUCUUGACUUUAUGCAUCCCAUUUUUGUUUAUUUUUAUUUUUGGCUUUUAUGUACCGGGUAUUCUCGACCUCAUCAAUCCUUUAAACGAAUCUCGUGCGAGAAAACUGCCGCUCUUAGCGGAUUAUUUUAUUCUCGAUGAACAGAAAUUCUAUUAUCCUAUCCUGGUGCACCAGUCUUUAUUAGUCAUAUUAGGCAUAACCAUAGUACUUGCAACUGAUACGUUAAAUAUGGUAUAUGUUCAUCAUGCUUGUGGAUUGUUCGAAGUGGCCAGUUAUCGUAUGAAACAUGUUUUCGAUGACGGAAUGUUUUCAGUAACUACAAAUGAAAAAUAUGCCAUAAUUCACGCCAGAAUUGUAAAAGUUAUACAUAUCCACAGGAAAACUGUCGAAUUUUUAGAUUACAUACUGUCCACAUUUGGAUUAACUUAUUUCCUUAUGCUCAUGCUUGGAGUGAUUACAAUAACUAUUAACAUGUUUCGUUUAAUUGAGGCUGUUUUGGCAAUGAAUGAUUUUGGAGAAUUAUUAGCAUGUGUAUCCUUCAUUGGAGGCCAGUAUGGCAUUUUGUUUUUCGCCAACUAUUUUGGACAGAAGCUAACAGAUCGUAGUUGUCUUAUUUUUGAUGAAGUAUACGAUUCACAAUGGUACGCAGCACCCGUACAUAUUCAAAAACUAUUUAUGUUUAUACUACAAAGAACGGUAAAAGGUUACGUGCUCAAUAUUGGUAGUGUAAUUAUGGCGUCGCUGGAAGGUUUCGCGUCGAUGGCGAGUUUGACACUGUCUUAUCUCACUAUGAUAUAUUCUGUGCGUUAAGAUCAAAACAGACAGCAAAUCCUAGUAGUCGAUAUAAUAAAAAAAUUGCAUUAAAAUGUAAAAA